AUGAACGACGAAGAAUAUAAUCAAGUCCUUGAUUAUUUAACAAAACCCGAUCAACGACAUGUACCAAGAGAAAUACGAAACAAAUCCGAACAUUUCGAAGUAUUCGAUAAUCGACUAUACCGAAAAAAUUUCGAUCAACUAUUAUUAGUUGUAAAGAAAAAUGAAGUAGACGAUCUUCUACUUUAUGCGCAUGAUCAUCCUCUAGGAGGACAUUUUGGUCGCGAUAAAACGAUGUGGAACAUCACCCAAUACUACUGGUGGCCUAAAAUGGGAAAGUACGUGGAACAUUACGUACAAACCUGUGAACAAUGCCAACGAUUACGGGCACCUACCAGAUCGGAACCACUACAAUCAAUCACUCCCAUUGGCACUAUGAGAAAGUGGGGAGUUGAUACGGUUGGACCGUUACCUCGUACACAAAAUGGAAACGAAUAUUUAGUCGUGGCAGUUGAUUAUUUAACUAAAUGGCCUGAAGCCAGAGCGCUCCCAAAUAAACAAGCUGAUACAGUAGCUUCGUUUAUAGUGGACGACAUAAUAUGCCGACAUGGUGUUCCAAAAGAAUUGACUACCGAUCAAGGUACUGAAUAUAAAAAUCAAUUAUUGCGAUAUAUCGCAAAACGAACAUCCAUGAAACAUAUUAUGACUCAGGCUUAUCAUCCACAAGCAAACGGACAAGUAGAACGUAUGAAUCAAACUUUGAUUAAUAUGAUUCGAAAGGUGUCGAAAGACAAACCUAACGUUUGGGAUGAACACUUAGCUACGAUAUUAUUUGCCUAUCGUACGACUAUACAUUCAACGACUAAGUUUACGCCGUUUCAUUUGUUACACGGGUACGAAGCGGUUACACCAUUAAAUCGAAAAUUAGCACCAAUUGGUAAUAACGAAAAAGAACUACAAAAGCGACAAGGCCAGCUUAUCGAAAUCCUAAGCAAAAGAGUACAAGCCAGAGAGAAUAUACGAAAUCGUCAAGUCGUACAAAAGAAAAAUUACGACAGAAAAUUACAAGAGCCAACUUAUAAUCCUGGUGAAUUAGUUUGGCUUGACAAGAAAACGUUCAAUGAAUUACCCAAGCAAAAAACUGGCUUAAGAUUGACUGGACCGUUUAAAGUCAUUAUGAGAAAAAGUAACGGUACCUAUCAUCUUGAAGACUCUAAAGGCAAAUUGCUCAAGAAAGCUUAUUCGGGCGAUAAGCUUAGACGAUAUCAAGUACGACAAAAAUAUGGAGAGCCAUUAGUCGUAAUUGAACAAAUCGAAGGCAUCCAUCAAGGAAACGAAUUUCCUCGGCUAGUAGAUGCGAGCGAAAAGGAUAAUUAA